AUGGCGACCGACAAACUUGACGACCCUCUCGCUACCAAGCCACAGCAUACGGGUAAGGCAGAGGCAGAACACGACGAGACAAUCUAUGCGGAGCCAAGCUUUCUUCAAUCCAUUUCUUAUGGCCCUGGUGGCAUCUCUGGUCUCGUUAGCUCUCCAUAUGUCUCUGGUGCGGCUGUCCUCGCAUCGCUGGGCGGGUUCUCAAUGGGAUACGAUAUGGGCGUGAUUUCAAUCAUCAAUGUGAUGGAUCAGUUUCAUACGAAGUAUCCAUUUGCAGAAACUGCUUUUGGGAAAGAGUUUAUGACUGCGAUGCUGUUGCUGGGUGCAUUCGUGGGUUGCAUCUUCAUGCCUUACGCUGCAGAUCGAUACUCUCGGAAGUUGGCAUUGACCGCAGUAGUGGUGAUCUUUGACAUUGGCGCAAUUAUUCAGACUGCGGCGCCAAACUAUGGAGCUUUGGUGGCCGGUAGGUUUAUCGGAGGGAUAGGCGUUGGAACAUUGGCAAUGGGCGCACCUCUUUACAUUUCAGAAAUUUCGCCUCCCAAUAUCCGUGGAACACUACUCGUUCUUGAAUCAAUCUCUAUUACAUCUGGUGUGGUGAUAGCAUUCUGGAUCAGCUAUGGAUGCCGAAGCAUUGCAGGAGAAGCUGCGUUCCGGCUGCCAUUCGGGCUCCAGAUGGUCACUGCGACUCUUCUGGGCGCAGGAAUUCACUUCUUCCCCUAUUCCCCUCGCUGGCUUGCUCUUGUGAAUCGCUCAGAUGACUGCCUUAAAAGUCUAGCGAGACUCCGAGGAUUACCCAGUCACGACGAGAGAGUGCAAGCAGAGUUCCACGGUAUCAUGGCCGAAGUUAACUUCCAGAGACUCGCCCAACAGAAGCGACACCCGGGCAUGGGUGGGAUCAAGCUUGAGCUUGCGCUGUGGGCGGAUCUUUUCAAGCGCAGAUCUUGGAGACGCACAGCAGUUGGCGUUGGUGUCGCUUUUUUCCAACAAUUCUCAGGGAUCAACGCCUUCAUAUACUACGCGCCAACCUUGUUUACUUCAUUGGGACAAACAAAUGAAAUGUCGUUGAUCAUGUCGGGCGUAUUCAACAUUCUCCAAAUGGUCGCUGCGGUUGUAUGCUUCCUGAUCAUCGAAAAGGUCGGUCGUCGUCCAUUGGCGAUAUUCGGUGGAUUUGGAACGGCCGUGACAUACGCCAUCAUCGCAAUCCUAUCCGGUUUGUAUCAAAAGAGCUGGGAAUCCCACCAGGGCGCGGGCUGGGCCUGCGUAGCAAUGGCUUUCCUAUUCAUUCUUACCUACGGUGUCUCGUAUUCACCACUCGGAUGGGCCCUUCCGUCUGAGGUCUUCUCUACUGCCUCUCGAUCGAAGGGUGUUGCGCUCUCAACUUGCGUGAUUUGGCUUUGCGACUUCAUCAUCGGUAUCUCUGUUCCGAGUAUGAUGGAAAACAUCACCUAUGGCACAUACAUAUUUUUUGCUGCGAUGUGUUUCCUGGCAGGUGUCUGGGCAUACUUGUUGGUUCCAGAAACCGGUGGCAAAACUUUGGAGGAGCUUGACGAAGUGUUCGGUGACACCAGUGGACAGGAGGAGAGGAAUCUCGUUGCGGAGGCCAUGCAAGCCACGAGACGUGCUGCUGCUGAGACAACCGUUUAG